AUGUCACAAAAUAAUAAGAUGCCCUAUUUAAGUGCAAGGGAAGCUGUUUCAAAUAGAUGGAGAAACAUUGAUUAUUCAAAUUCUAAAGAGAUCGAUAGCCUUAAAGACAAAACAAUGCAUAACAGUGCUACUGCCCCUACUAUUAUUACUAAUGCUAAUGAUAAUUAUAAUGAAUUAGUUAAUAGUGAUCGAAUCAUAAUUGAUCUAACAAUAGAUACAAGUGAUAAAGAAGAAGAACAUAACAAUAAAAUAAAUAAACCGGAUCAUAAUUUAUCAAUAACAGAAACCUUUAUACCGAAAAAGAUCAAUAAUAACAAUAACAAUAAUAAUUCCUGGUGUUUUAAAUUAAUCAAGUCAGAAAUAUAUGAUACUUCUAAUAAUAUGUUUGCUGAACCAGUGAUAUCUCGUCAUUUUAUUACAUUAGAUGAUAUUUUAUACGAUUGUAAUUUAGAAAAAACUAUUCUUUUCAGUUUUCAAUAUGAACUUAAUUUUAUUUUACCCAAAAUAUAUCACAAAGUCAAUAAUGUAACAAUGAUCGCUCAAACUGGUACAAUUCUUCCUUUAACUAUAAACUUGUAUGCUCCAAUGAUGAAAAAGACACAUAUUAUUGAAUUCCAAAUGCCACCAUAUUCAUGCCACCACUCAAAAAUGAUCAUUAAUUUCUAUAAAGAUCAAUCAUGUCGGAUUUUCUUACCUUCAAAUAAUUUUACAUACAAUGAAACAAAUUUCCCCCAGCAAGUUUGUUGGUGUAGUCCCAUACUAUCUCCAAUAAAUCGAACUUAUCAGAAUAACCAGAAACAUGUUAAUAAAAAGAACAAGUUUCAAAAGAAUUUGAUAAAAUAUUUAAACUCUUAUAAUAUUAAAGAUAUAAAAUAUCAUUCAAUUAUCUAUAAUCUACAAAGAAUCGAUUUUUCACCGUUAAAUGAUGAUGAAAUAAGUUUCAUCUUCUCAACAACAAAUAAAAAAGUUACUUCAGGUUUAAAAUUAUUAAAUGAAAUACUUUUAGAAAAAUCACUGCUAAUUGAUAACAACAAUACUAACAACAGUAUAUCAAAACAUUUACUUUGUCAAAUUUCUUCAAUGGGUAAUUCCUUAAGUAGAAACAAACCAAUAAAUAUUUUCACACAUUUAAUGAUCCCUACUUGGUAUAAUCUAUUGAAAAUAAAUGAAAAUGACAAAAGAAUCAAAUAUAUAGAAACUGAAACUCUAUUAAAACUAUAUGAAGACAUGAAAAUCCAUCCUUAUAUUGUAUAUCCAACAUUAAAUGAGUUAAAGAACUCUAUGCAUGGUAUGAUGGUUGAAGGCUGGUUCAAUUUUUACUAUGAAAGAAAUAUACCAUAUUAUUCCAUGCUUAAGGAAAAGUUUAAAAUUUUUUAUAAACAAAGCCCAAGAAAUGUGUCUUUUAGAAGAGGUCCAAUACCCGCACAUUCAAAAUUUUAUUUAUCUACUACCACCACAGCUACGUGGGAAACUAACAAAGGAAUGGAAGAUAGUCCUUUCCAAGAGUUGGACUGGUGUUGUUACACUUCAGCAAACUUGAGUAUGAAUGCAUGGGGCAAGGUAUUAACCUCACCCAGAAAUUAUGAAGUUGGUGUUUUGAUACAUAAAUCAAGAAUCAAUAAAGAUAAAAAAGUGCCAUGUCUCAGUUUUACCGAUUUGGUUUAUUCAAGAGACUCUAAAAAGAAGAAUGUAGACACUGAUAGUUCAAUAAUUGUUCCUUUUACUUUACCUUUAUUACCUUAUGACGAGGGGAUCACAGGAGAUGAGUGCUAUAACAGGGCCAUUCAUGGAACUCAAUUACAAUAA